CCAAAACUACGUCUUUUGUUCCCUACGACUUUUUUGUGCCAUUGUUAUUGGGAACUUUAUUUAUUUACUUUUUAGUCCCGCGGACGGAAAGAUUCUUAAGAAGUUCGAAUCUUUUUUGAAACUUUUAGUUGGGCCUAUUUUGAAAUCGAGAGAGGCCCAUAUACUUGACGCAAUACCCAUUUUUUUAAUUCUUGAGUUUUCUCUUCGUUGACACUUGACAUUGACAGAAUUCGGAGAUCCAAAGGGAAACGUGAAACAACAGUUCUGAGCAGACUCUGGAUUGAAUAUUAUACCAUCAUCUUCAAUCGAGAGUCAAUGAAGAAACGUUAUCUAACAUCUGGGUCUGAUAGAAGAAACAAGGAGAAGAGCUGGUUCUUGGACAACGGAGGCGUCUUUUUAAAAGAGCUAAUUGCUGAUUGUAAUGGUAAAUCCAUUCCUAUUCGCAGCUUUUCUUCUGAACAGAUCUUGAAAGCCACCAGUAACUUCGAUUUAGCCUGUUCUGUCUCACAAGGUGUGUACUAUGAAUGGUAUAGUGGUAAAAUCGAAGACAGAUCUUACAUGAUCAAGAGGUUCUCCGAUGAUGAAUUCACAAGAAGACACAGAGUUGGAUCGGUUUACAAUGAUAUUGUCUUGUCUGCUCGGAUGAGCAAUCACAGCAACUUUCUCAAACUGUUGGGAUGUUGUCUCGAGUUCCCUUUUCCGGUUCUGGUGUUUGAAUUCGCAGAACAUGGAGUCCUGAACCAGCGAGGAGGGAUUGUGGUUAAUGGUGAAGAGUCUUUAUUGCCAUUGAUUUUACGGUUGAAGAUUGGGAAAGAGAUUGCAAAUGCUGUGAGUUAUCUUCACAUGGCGUUCCCUAAGAUCAUCAUACAUAGAGAUGUUAAACCGAUGCACGUCUUCUUGGACAAGAACUGGACUGCAAAGUUGUCUGAUUUAUCCUUCUCAAUAUCUCUCCCUGAGGGUAAAUCAAGAAUAGCAGCAGAAUGGAUUAUGGGAACAUUUGGGUAUCUCGAUCCAUUAUACUAUGCCACUAGUUUUGUGACCCAAUAUACCGAUGCGUACAGCUUCGGGGUCUUUUUGUUGGUUAUUCUCACUGGCAAACCGGCUGUCUUCACUGAUUCUGAUGGAGAUCCCCAAGGUGUUCUUGGCUAUGUUAGAGGUUUAUGUGAGGAUGGGAAGCUUGAUGAAGUCAUUGAUCCAAUGUUGAUGAAAGAUAUCACUAGUGGUCAAAGGUUGCAAGUCGAAGCGUGUGUGGUGCUUGCUUUGAGAUGCUGCGAGAAGAGAGAUGAAGACAGACCAAAGAUGAUCCAAGUAGCUAAAGAACUCAAGCGGAUUGAAACAUCAUUGAGAAAUUCUAGCUAGAGAUCCUUAUGGAACUUGA